AUGGACCCGCACAGCCGUUCUGGAAAGAGCAGAAAAUCUACAAAACUCCGGUCCAUCUCCCGGUCCUUGAUGCUCUGUAAUGCAAAGACCAGUGAUGACGGCUCAAGCCCCGAUGAGAAAUACCCCGAUCCCUUUGAGGUUUCCCUGGGCCAGGGCAAGGAGGGGAUUUUCCACUCGUCUGUGCAGUUGGCGGACACGUCGGAGGCUGGGCCCAGCAGCAUUCCUGAUCUAGCACUGGCCUCUGAGGCGGCUCACCUCCAAGCAGCUGCCAGUGAUCGAGGCAAGAGCUGUAGGAGGCUAUUCUUCAUGAAGGAAGCUUCCACAACUUCUUCCCGAGAAAGGUCUGGAAAAGUAGAAGUGCAAAGUAGUACCUUCCUGCUUCCCAAAGCCUGUCAUCAAAGGACACGCAGCAAUUCAACCAGUGUUAAUCCCUGCUGCACCGGAGAUACCGAUUUCCCGAUGAUCAAGAAAUCUGCAGUUUGCACAGACCGGCAGCCCUACUCCCUCUGCAGCAGCCGGAAGUCUCUCUCUCAACAGCUCGACUGUCCAGCAGGAAGGGCUGCUGGCACCUCGAGACCCACACGGUCGCUCAGCACGGCUCAGCUCGCGCAGCCCUCGGGAGGCCUCCAGGCUUCCGUCAUUUCCAACGUCGUGCUGAUGAAGGGCCAGGCCAAGGGCCUGGGCUUCAGCAUCGUUGGGGGAAAGGACAGCAUUUAUGGCCCCAUCGGAAUUUACGUCAAAACUAUCUUUGCGGGGGGAGCAGCAGCAGCCGACGGAAGGCUGCAGGAAGGGGAUGAAAUUCUGGAACUCAACGGUGAAUCGAUGGCCGGACUCACACAUCAGGAUGCUUUGCAGAAGUUCAAGCAAGCCAAAAAAGGGCUCCUGACGCUCACGGUGAGAACCCGCCUGACGGCCCCCCACUCCCUGAGCAGCCACCUGUCUGCCCCGCUGUGCCGCUCCCUGAGCUCCAGCACUUGUACCACCAAGGACAGCAGCUCCUUCGGCUUGGACAGCCCCAUGCCCCCCUCCAGCGCGGCCAAGCCCAACUACAGGGUCAUGGUGGAGGUCUCUCUGCAGAAAGAGGCUGGCGUGGGUCUGGGGAUCGGUCUGUGCAGUGUGCCCUACUUCCAGUGCAUCUCCGGCAUUUUCGUCCACACGCUCUCUCCUGGAUCUGUGGCACAUUUGGAUGGACGGCUCCGGUUCGGUGACGAGAUCGUGGAAAUCAAUGACUCCCCCGUGCGCUGCAUGACGCUCAAUGAAGUCUACGCGAUCCUGAGUCACUGCAGUCCCGGGCCGGUCCCCAUCAUCGUCAGCCGGCAUCCAGACCCACAGGUGUCUGAACUGCAACUCAAAGAAGCUGUGGCUCAGGCUGUGGAGAACGUCAAGUUUGGAAAGGAGAAGCAUCAGUGGAGUCUGGAAGGUGUUAAAAGGUUGGAGAGUAGCUGGCAUGGGCGGCCAACCUUGGAGAAGGAGAGAGAGAAGAACUCAGCACCCCCGCAUCGCAGGGCUCAGAAGGUCAUGAUCCGCUCCAGCAGUGACAGCAGCUACAUGUCCGCGUCCCCCGGGGGGAGUCCUGGUAGCGGCUGCAGGCAGCAGUCUUCUGACCUGGAAGUCCCCACCCACAGCCCCAGCCUGUCCCUAGGGCAGGAGCAGACACUUCCCACGGCUCCUUCCGGGCUGCCCCAGGAGAGCCCCCCCCUCCCUGGGACGCAGGACAGCCACCCACCCCUGAAGCUGAAGAAGUCCUUCGAGAUUUUGGUGAGAAAGCCCACAGCCUCCAAACCCAAGCCUCCGCCCAGAAAAUACUUUAAAAGUGACAGUGACCCUCAGAAGAGUCUGGAAGAGAGAGAGGACCCCCUAUGCCCUUCUGGGCACACCUCACCCACAUGUGGCCAGGAAGCCGGAGAGCAGCUGCCACCGCCACCACUGCCGCAGGAAGACACGGCGGGGAGAGCCCCCCGCGCCCUUGCCUGUUCCCCAGGGCCUGCGGCGGGCCCGCCGACACCACCCUGCUCGGAGGCCGAGCCUGGGAGGAGAAGAGGCAGCCCAGGGAUUCAAACAUCCCCAGUCAAACAUCCACUCCUUAAGAGGCAGGCUCGGAUGGACUAUAGCCUUGAUAUCACCACUGAAGACCCCUGGGUUAGAAUUUCUGACUGCAUCAAAAACCUAUUUAGUCCCAUCAUGAGCGAGAACCACGGCCACAUGCCUCUGCCACCCAGCGUCGGCCUGGGUGAAGAAGACGGGGUGCGGGGCCACCCGGACGGGACGCCGCCCAAGCCGGAUGCCACAGGCGGUGCUCCCAAAGCUUACAAGUCGGUGGACAGCGGCACCGUGAAGAAGGGUCCCCCCGUGGCCCCCAAGCCAGCCUGGUUUCGCCAAAGCUUGAAAAGUUUGAGGACGCGUGCCCCGGAGCCGAGGCGGCUGCCUGAUGCGGCCUCCCCGGCCCAGCCGACCCCCGCGUCCCGGGAGCGCCCGGGGCCACCCACUCGGACCUUCUCCUCCUCCAUCCAACAGAGGAUCAGCUCCUUUGAAACCUUUGGCUCCUCGCAGCUGCCCAACAGAGGGACGCAGAGACUGAGCCUCCAGGCCUCCUGGGGGGAAGCAGCACAGACUCCUGGGGAACAAGCGGGAGGAAAGGUUGCUGGCCUCUCGGGCCGAGGGGCCGCCCCCACCAUCCAGUCGCCGCCACCAGAGCAAGAGCACCUGCCGCGGGGCUCGCCCACCUCCUCCAAGACCGGUGAGCCCGGUGUGUCGGGGUACCCUGUGCCAGGACGGCAGUCCAGUCAGAAGAGCCCCGUCCCUGACCCCGACCCUCUCUCGAGGCUGUUGUCCGCACAGACUGAGGAGCCCCAAGGCCCCGUUGUCAAGAUGCCGGGUCAGCGGGCGCGGAGCUUCCCCCUGUCCAGGACCCAGUCCUGGGAGAUGAAGCUGCUGGAUGAGAAGACCAGCAAGCUCUACUCCAUCAGCAGCCAAGUGUCAUCGGCGGUCAUGAAGUCCCUGCUGUGCCUUCCAUCUUCCAUCUCCUGGGGCCAGACUCCCUGCAGCCCCAAGGAAGGGGGUUCUCCCGCGUUGUUGGCUGGGGACGCCCCAGCUGUGAACAGUUCUGCAGAAGCUCCCGCCUCGGACACAGGCUUCUCGCUCAACCUUUCAGAGCUGAGAGAGUACACAGAGGGGCUCGGGGAGCCCACAGAAGCUGACAGCUGGGACCACAGCUCCCCUCAGUCUGGCCAAUCGGUCAUCUCCCUGCUGAGCUCCGAGGAAUUAAAGAAGCUCAUCGAGGAAGUGAAGGUUCUAGAUGAAGCGACGUUAAAGCAAUUAGACAGCAUCCAUGUCACCAUCUUGCACAAGGAGGAAGGGGCUGGCCUUGGGUUCAGCCUGGCAGGAGGAGCGGAUCUAGAGAACAAAGUGAUCACGGUCCACAGAGUGUUCCCCAACGGGUUGGCCUCCCAGGAGGGAACCAUUCAGAAGGGCAAUGAGGUUCUAUCCAUCAACGGCAAGUCCCUCAAAGGGGCCACACACAAUGAUGCCCUGGCCAUUCUCCGCCAAGCUCGGGACCCCAGGCAAGCCGUGAUCGUCACCCGGAAGCCGGCUCUGGAGGCCACGCCUGACCUGAACUCCUCCACGGAUUCCUCAGCCUCAGCCUCUGUGGCCAGCGAGGUUUCUGUAGAUUCCACAGCAGAGGCCACGGUGCACACGGUGACGCUGCAGAAGACCUCUGCGGGGCUGGGCUUCAGCCUGGAAGGCGGGAAGGGCUCCCUGCUCGGGGACAAGCCUCUCACCGUGAACAGGAUUUUCAAAGGGGCAGCCUCGGAGCAGAGCGAGACAAUCGAGCCAGGAGAUGAAAUCUUACACUUGGCUGGCACGGCCAUGCACGGCCUCACGCGGUUUGAAGCCUGGAACAUCAUCAAGACGUUGCCUGACGGACCUGUCACGAUUGUCAUCAGGAGGAAAAGCCUGCAGGCCAAGGGGACCACAGCAGCCGGAGACCCCUAGGCGAAGCACCGGUGCCAAAGCCAGUAACACCUAGCUCCUCACAGCCUCGAAUUCUCAGGGUCGCUGCUAAUUCCCGCCCGGAUGGGGAAAAGCAGAGAUGUGCUUCCUGGUGGCCGCUGCCCUGGUCCAGACCUUCUGGGAUGCCACCCAGCAAGAGGGUUGUCCCCAAAGGAAGAGAGAGUCACACCAGGGUGGCCAAUACAGAC